AUGACAUCAAACAGUCGAUCGAAGCGUACAAAUUAUUCGACGGAAGUCGAGCAGGAAAUCAACGACUUAAUCACUCUACACUGGGGUGCUUCACGAACAUACAGUUACCUAUCUCAUCUGUGUGAUCGACAGACGGAAUUGUGCGGUUUCCGGGAUUAUUUUCGUCUGUUCGCGCUACGCAGUCAACGCAAUGCUGAUCGUCUGACGCGAUUCCAGGUGGUUCGAGGUGGACAAGUCGAUCUGGGCGAGGUGAAACCGAUCAUCCAUAUGUCAGCGGAUGAGCCGGCUGGGAUGUACAAAUUUCUCUCGCAUGCACUGGACACGGAAAAACGCAUUGAACAAUGGGUUCGUGAGCUGCACGAUUUGGCCGAGACCAAAUGCGAUAUUGUAACCACGGAGUUUGUCGAAUUACACUGCCUAAGCGAUCAGACUCGAAUCAUCAAAGUGCUGGUUCAGCAUAUGCAAUUGGUUCGCUCUUGUCCAUCCGAAUGGCUCUACAGUCAAACCACUAUGAGAGACAUUGUCAAUCAAGUGAUCAAUUCAAUUUAUCGAUCAACAGUGCGCAGCAUCGGCGAAGAUAUACCGUUGAUGAUUGAACUGGAUGCGUUGCAUCAUGGUGGACGUACGAGAAAAAUCAACUGA